UUCCCAAGGCCCCUCACCUAGCAUCCUCUCCUUAAACGUUUGUGCCGCUUCCCCUCUAAGCUUCCACCACUUCGUUCUCGCAAUCUUGACACGUUUGUCCCGGUGGACACGUACCCAAAAACGAAAAUCAGCCACCACUACUGAACAUAGGCAAGGAUAAGAAAACCACGGUAAAAGGUUAAGAAGCACGGAAACAAGUUAGGCGGAUGUCGGUCCUUCCUGCCCCCUCUCUUCUCCCUCCUGCUAGGGAAAUCCAAUAUGUUCAUGCUUUGAUUCCUCCGUUGCCCAUCGAUUCCUACGCUCUGCUCAGCUCCUCUUCGCCCUGUGCUCGAUUUAACACCCCGUUUCAGAGCCAGGGUGCCAUGGUUUCUUUCACUGUACAUGCCUCUUUGGAUCUCUGUUUUGAUUCCAAAAGCAAGAUGGAGCAGCGCCUCAACAGCUCCAGUGAGCCUCCGCCAGAUCCCCCGCCCCCGGCCCCACCUCAUCCCGCUCAAUCCUCAGCUAGCCCAUGCAUUCAACGCUGGGAUCUACCCUCUCCACCAAUUUCCCCCCUUUCAUCAGAUCCUACCUCUCUAGUGGUGGAUCCAUGGUUCUCUUGUGAAGCCGCUGCUGUGGAGCUUCUUGUCCUGAUGAAAGUAGACUCCCUGUUCAUGAAGGUGGCAGAUCCAAAAGGCACAUCCAAAGAGGUUUGUCUGGAAGCUGUUCAAGAAGACAUAGCCAAAGCUCGACUUCACUCUUUGGCUCAAGAUGAAGCUGUUUCCGAUGAGGCUCCGGCACCAGCCUGUAAGGUGCCAUGGGUGCCAUGAGUCUACUGUCUUGGAACUGUAGAGGAACUGGCGGGAGCCUUUGCAGCCCUAAGAUGCUUCACCUCUCCCGCUUGAUCGCGUCUACUAAGGCCCAGUCCUCCCGAGCAAAACCGAGAAAGCCAUUCAGAUUUGAGAACUGGUGGCUCAUGGAAGGGGACUUUCAGAGAGAGGCUUCAUCCAGUUGGGCUAAAUCGGCUGCUAGAUCUUUUGAUCUCAAAACAAAAUAUCUAGCUUCAGCUUUGUUGAAAUGGAUAAGGAAAAAGCCAAGCAUCUGCUCUCAACUUGAAGUCAUUGAAAAAAGUAUCAACCAAAUUCAAGCAAGUCAGCCAGCACAACAGGAUCAUGAUUUGGAAAAACAUCAGAUACAACAACACCAUAAUAUUUUAGAAAAGCAGGCAGAGUUUCACAAACAAAGAUUCAAGAAGUUGUGGACUUUGGAGGGGGAUAGAAACACACAUUUCUUUCAGCAAGCCAUCCUGAAGCGAGCAAGAAGAAACAGAAUUGUAUACCUGACUGAUGAUCAAGGCCAACCCCUUACCACUCAUGAUCAGAUUGCUGCCUGCUUCAAUAAUAAUUUCAAGGCUUUGUUUACAUCUCAACUUCAACAACAACAAAAUUCUGGGACAUCAGUGGCCAAUAUUCAUGAAACACCAACUACUGAUUCUUUCUUGGACUCAAUUCCUGAUAAGAGAUGCAGCUCCAGGACCAGAUGGAUUCAAUGUGGCUUUCUAUAGAGCAGCAUGGCCGUGGAUUGGAGAUGAUGUCACUACACUUGUUCAUAACUUCUACAGAACAGGUACUCUACCACCUGAGAUUAAUAAAACUUUUUUUUGUCCUUAUCCCCAAGAAAAAUGCUCCUGUGCUUCCUCAGGAUUUUAGACCCAUCAGUCUUUGCAAUGUUAUAUACAAAGUUAUUGCUAAAUCUUUGGCUGAUAGAAUCAAACCUCACUUGCCUAAUAAAAUACACUUGUCACAGUCAGCUUUCAUUCCUGGUAGGCAUAUCUCUUCUAACAUUAUCACAGCUUAGGAAAUCACUCAUACUUUUGGCCUCUCUUCUUGGAAAAAUAAAGGCUUCCUUCUUAAAAUUGAUCUAGCUAAAGCCUUUGAUAGGAUUGAGUGGAGUUUUAUCACUUCUGCUUUGUCAAGGAAUGGUUUCCCUUCUCAUGUUGUUACUUGGAUAAAAUCUUGUAUCUCCACUCCCGAAUUUUUUGUUCUGGUCAAUGGUCAACCUUCUACCUCCUUCC